AUGCAGCUUGAAUUCAUUUUCCUGCUCCUUGGAGCCAGUCUUGCUCUUGGAACUGCCCUUCCACCUCUUGGGUAUGAGCGAAGAGUCCUACUCGAAGCCCUCAGCAAGAGGCAAAUUACUGGAGAUUCCUGCUACAGUGGGGAUGCGCCGUUGGUGAAGGCUCCCAAAACCAAUAUCUGGGCCCCUAUCAGCGCCCAAGACAAUAUUGACGUGUGGACGCUGCUGCAUGAUCCGGCCACAGGAUUGAACUUGACGAAGCCUGAAGAUGCAACCGUCUCGGACAACUACGUGUUCUGGAUUGACACUUUACAUACAAACAAGACAGAGGUGCUCCCUUACAUUGACGGGGACGGUCCAGCACCACCAAAAUAUGCCAGAGCAAUCAUCUUCGAGGGCGGCAAGGCAGAGCCAGACUCGCAGGAAUACAUGAUUGGGCCCCUUCCAGUCUCCGAGGGGACAACUGUGCGAAAGCUUGACUAUAUAUACAACGGUGGCCGAGGUGGAUCUGUCCCAUUCAACGCUCGUUACGUGGAUGACAUCAAAUCCAGUGCCGUCACUCCGCUAGUCACCGCUGCCAUGAGCAACAUUUCUGACAUAACUGCGGCGCUGUUCGACGGUGGGGUGUACUUCGGCCCAAACGAUGAUCGCACGACACUGUCCAUGACGUCGGGAACUCCUGUCUCAUACGAUGGAUCCCAGGGCUUCCGCAAUAUCAUGUUCAGGCUCCCUGGGUCUGGCACCUACCUGAGUCCCAUUGACUUCUAUCUCUUGAUCGACUGUCCUGGAACCGACCCCACACACUAUUCAGUCAAAGGCUAUGUCACCAAUUCAAAGUAUUACCCUGACGAAGCGUCUCUCAGAACGGCCUUUGAAGCUGGUGAGGUUGCCGAAACAUACAGCCAGCCUCAAGACCAGAGCUGGACCGACGUGGACUACAAGCCUGAGCUGGGUGCCAGGGCUCUUGAGGAGAAAUUUGCACCCCAAACCGUCGAGCUUGGUGGCAAACGUUAUAAGGUAGAUCCCGAAGCCCAGUACAUUGAGUACAUGGGCUGGAGCUUCUACCUGUCGUAUACACGAACCCUAGGUAUCAUGUUUUAUGACAUCAAAUUCAAGGGCGAAAGAAUUAUAUACGAGCUGUCACUACAGGAAGCAAUGGCACAGUACGCGGGUAAUCAACCAAAGGCGGCAAAUACAGUGUAUCAUGACACGUAUUACAGCCUUGGUACUGACAUGGCAACUCUGGUGGAGGGCUACGACUGUCCCUUCGGCUCCACCUUCUGGAACGUUACGUACCAUGAACAGAACCACACGACAAUCAACCAGGAUGCCAUCUGCAUCUUCGAACAGGAUACUGGGUUUCCCCUUUCCCGACACCGUUAUGGCAGCAGCGCAGGCAACUAUCCAUUUAGCAAGCUUGGUGUUGUCAAGAAUUCAGUUCUUGUCAUCCGGGCUAUUGCUACGGUAGGUAACUACGAUUACCUAUUCGACUAUCACCUGGGACUUGACGGGUCCUUCGAAGUUGAGGUACGCGCCAGUGGGUUUCUGCAGUCAAGCUUCUACUAUCCGGACCAGAAGAAAUUUGGACCACGAAUUGCCCCAGCAACACAAGGAUCACUGCAUGACCACAUCCUCACAUGGAAGGCUGACUUUGAUGUUGUCGACACCGCAAACUCUUUCGAGAUCAGUGAACUCGUUGUGGUGAACCAGAGCCAGCCCUGGUUUCCUGAGCUCGGCGAAUUUGAACAGUUCGAAAUGAAUGUCAGUUACUUGGAGACCGAAAAGAGGUUCAACUGGGCGCCCAACGUCAAAUCCAUGUAUACGAUCGUCAAUCAGAAUAAGACCAACGUGUGGGGAGAGAAGCGUGGCUACCGAGUUGUGCCCGGGAAAGCCGAUCUGCAUCUUACUGUACUAAAUUCGCCAUGGUCCUUGAAGAACUCGGAGAUGGCAAAGUACCACCUGGCUGUUACCAGGCAGCACGACACGGAGCCGUACGGCAACUCAGUGCAGAAUGUCAAUCUUCCGCUUGCUCCUCAGCAGGACUUCUCCAAAUUCUUUGAUGACGAGUCCGUUGUCCAAGAAGAUUUGGUGCUUUGGUUCAACCUAGGAAUGCAUCAUUUCACCCGGGCUGAAGACAUUCCAGUUACGCUCUACACCGAAGCUGUCUCGAACAUCAUGUUCGCGCCACAGAACUUCUUCGACCGUGCUCAGGAUGGAGACCUGCUCAAUCGACGUUGGGUAGAGUACAACGCAACCACGGAUGAGAUUACGUUCGAAGCCUACGGUGUGGAAUUGCCCAACUGUGCAAUGAAAAUUCCUGAACCUGUCUAUGGAAUCUCACCCACCGUUAACGAAGAGCUCCAGAUAAGAUCGCCUUGA